AUGAAGUGGUUCUGCUCCUCUUCUUCCAGCCUUUUCCUUGUUGUCCUGGUGCUGUUUCCAGCUUUACCCAGAGCCAAAUAUGCUGACCACCCAGGCACUGGCGGUUUCAGGGAAGACUCCUCCAGACAAGGAGCAAAUGGGUCUCACUUUUUACACCAGCAAGUGAAGCGCUACCUUUUGCCAAUAACUCCCCCUUUCCUGGAAAUUGAAUCAGAUCUCAAAGUUGUCAACUGCAAGAAAAGUGAAGGAUUCUGUCAGGACUACUGUAAUUAUAUGGAAACGCAAGUGGGCUACUGUGUCCACAAGAAGUAUGCCUGCUGUCUGCACAGACAUGUGUUAAAAGGGUCAAUUUUAUGUUAAGCAUUCUUAUUUACAUCAGUUUAAAAAAAUAAAGAAAAAGAUGAGGUUAAGAUUGUUCAUCUGGGAAGACGCCUGUUAUGCCAUAUGCCUGACUCAAGUUUGAGCCUUCAGUACACCAGAUGAGAGCAGUACGGCACUGUGCUAUGGUCUCUCUUCUUGUCUCCUUCUAUCUAAAAAAGUUGAUCUGGAGCUGCAAAAC